AUGAAUACCAUAGACGGGCUUGUAUCGUGGCUUUCCACAUCCGAUUUCUUGGCUUGGCCGCUGGGACUAUGGGCUUUCUACCUGCUUGCCAAAAGUCUCUACAAUAUCUCUCCUCUUCAUCCUUUGUACCAUGUUCCCGGCCCGUGGCUAUCCGCGGCAACGUAUCUCCCUGAAUUCUAUUAUGACGUGGUCAAAUAUGGCCGUUACACAUGGCAAAUAAAGAAGAUGCAUGAAAAAUAUGGCAGUACAAGAAAGCGAGACAAACCUCGCCAUCAAGUCAAUGGCUUAACCGUUGGACGAUCUGCUGUUGCAACUACUGAUCACGACCUCCACCGAAAGCGACGUGCACCAUUGGCAAGAUACUUCUCCAGAAAUAUGAUUUUCCGGUUGGAAGAUGAAAUUCACAAUCUGGUUCAGAAACUGUGCAACAAAAUCUUGCAGUACCAGGGCACACAUCAGCCUAUUGACGUGACGAUAGCCUACAGCUGCUUUACCACAGACGUUAUAUCCGGAUACUGCUUUGGCGAGAGCCUCGGAUUACUAGAACAAAGUGGCUGGUAUCCUAAUUUUCGUGAUCCCACGAUAGCUCUUCUUAAACCUGCCUACAUCUUUCGAUUUUUUCCAUUUGUAAAGCAUUUGAUUGGCCUCGGUGAAUGGUUCAUUCACUACCUGCCUCCAGACGCGGCAUUGGUUAUUAAGACUCUCAAGAUUGAUAUUCCUAACGAGAUCAAAAAGGCCAAGAACUUGAUGAAAGCAGGUUGGAAGAAUAAGCGCCCAACAGUGUUAAAGACGCUACUGGAAUCUGAGCUUGAAGGUCGUGAGAAAGACUCCCAACGCCUGACCGACGACGCAACCGCACUUAUAGGUGGUGGCACGGAGACUGUAAGCUGGGCUCUUACAGUCAUCACUUACCACUUGCUGAGUAACUGUGAACUCAUGUCAAAGUUGACUGAUGAGCUGCGUCAAGCUGUGAAAAACCCGCAACAGUUGCCAUCCUGGACGACACUUGAAAAGUUGCCUUACCUAAGUGGGGUUAUCCAGGAAGGGCUUCGACUAUCUUAUGGCGUUUCUGCUCGCACAGCUCGAAUUCCUACAAAGGAGACACUAGUCUAUCAAGGAGAGUGGAAUGACAGCCAUGUGGAAUACAAAAUACCACCAGGUUAUCCAAUUGGCAUGUCGCCUGCUAUAACGCAUCACGACGAACGCGUGUUUCCGGAUUCAUUUACGUUCAAGCCGGAGCGUUGGCUGGAAGGCGGACACCACUUCAAUAAAGAGUUAGACCGUGGGAUGCUUGCGUUCUCCAAGGGAAGCAGAGCUUGUCUCGCAAAGAACCUUGCAAUGUGCGAGUUAUAUCUGACUCUCGCGGCGUUGAGUUUACGCGUUUUCCCUCACAUGAGAUUGUAUGAAACUACGGAACGUGACGUCUUAUACGAUCAUGAUAUGUUGAUUCCUGGCAUACCGCACGGUAGCAAAGGAGUGCGUGUGGUCAUUGAGUAA